GCUGACAGGACUUGGAAUUCGUUCCUUUGCCCAACAUCUCGUUAUACCUCCUCCAUCAAGAGACCCCUCCCGUUUCCUCAAGCUGUGUUUUCGCAAGCUGCGACGUCACCAAGUUCAGAGUCUUUUGUCGUGGAAACGUGGCUGUGAACAGCACUUGCCUUAUCUUGUAGCCUCACCAAACAUCUGCGCGACUAUCACUCAUUAUGGACGUAAACACAUCAGAAAACGAUACACGAGUUCAGCGAUCACAACCCUCCACUGCCCCUGACAAGCGGCCAGUCGAUGACCCACCACAUUCCGACAUCUCAGAAUCCGCAGACCUCGACAACAAUGACGAAAACACCGACGAAUGUGCGCCAGAGGCUGCUGAGAUGCAAACUCUUUGCUAUGAUCCACUUCAAGGCCCUGACAUUCGACUAAUCACUAUCGAUCCUGCGAUGCAGGACGGGAAGCUCAAACUUACUAUGGAGCAAGUGCCGCUUACUGAUGCGCUUGAUUUCCAUGUGCUGUCAUACGUCUGGGGCGAUUCUACAUACAAGAAGACCAUUGUUGUGAACGGCCAACGAUUGGACGUAACGGAGAACCUCCACGACUUCUUGGAGACAACCCGCAAAUACGAAACGAACUUCCUAUCGCACCACGAGCACCUAGAUUACAAAACACUCUACAACACAGGAAAUGCUCAAACAGUCGCCGGGUCAUCUAUAGGCAAAGUGACCGGCCCCGCUACCAUGCCUGCGCGAUUCUGGAUCGACGCUAUCUGCAUCAACCAGAACGAUUUAAACGAGAGAAACGAACAGGUACCUCGGAUGGGCGACAUAUAUUCGAUGGCGAGUCGGGUAUGGAUCUGGAUGGGGUUGCCGUCGAAGAUCCUCAGCGAAGACUUUGAUCUAGAAGUACUGAAGCGAGGCUUAGACUACGGUGUACAAGAUUCCUUCAAACAUCCCCCUUCAGACGAACUACGAGGUUAUUACCACGGCGAAGUCACUGCUGGCAAACUAAGAGUUACGAGGAGAGCUCCAGAUACACCUUUGAUAGAGCAGUUUGCUGCACAUCAGCGUCAAGUGGUCAUAGAAAGGACGAUCGUUCGACUGCGAGCGAUGGGGUUUGUGCUCGAGCCCGGCCCUAUGAUGGACAUGAUGUUCCAGCAGUAUACACAGAUCUAUGGUCACUUCUCAUCAGAAGACGCACAUGCGCCUUUCAACAGGUUUACACGACAGCUAGCAAGUCUCCUCAGUCAACCCUACCUUACAAGAGUUUGGAUCAUACAGGAGUACGUUUUGAAUCCCAGAACACCGAUCGCACUUCUUGGGAGCUUUGUAUUAGAUUUGCAGCAUCUUAUUGGUACGGUGAUGCGGUUGUUGCGGGAAACCCAUUUGAUGAACGAGCACUCGAAAGCCCUCGUCUUUGCCACAGUGGGCCAAGCGGCAACUCUGAUCACUUUGCAUGAAGUAAGAAUGGAAUGGCACGGUUCAUCAUACGUUGGCAACGCCGAGGGAGGCUUGACGCGCCUAUCACCAGGCGAGCGACUGAACCAUCUUCUACAGCAACUGUCCAAUAGGCGGUGCACCAAUCCAGUAGACCGAUUCUACGGUAUCUUGGGCUUCUUAAACCACCACGAACUGCCUAGAUCACUGCUCCCCGACUACAGCCUACCAGUUGAGCAAGUAGCCCAGGCAUACACACGAUACAUCAUCGAGAGCACUGGUGAUUUGGAGAUCAUUGAAUGCACUAUGAGUCAUGAAUCUACAGACUGUCCUAGCUGGACAGCACACGCGACAAGUUUUACGGGUCAGCUCAGCACGCAUAUCACUGUUUCCAAAGGCAGAAACCCCCACUCUUUCUCGGAAGAUGGACGUUGUCUUACCCUAGAGGGGACCUUUCUUGGGGAAAUUGUUAAGUGUAGCUGCACAGAUCGUCCAGGCGAAACUAUGGGCGAACAUCUCAAGUACUUGGACGAGGAGUUGUUCGAAACAGCGUCUCAAAUCACCGGCAAGCCCAAGAGCGAGAUCUUUAAGUUCUGGCUGAAUGAGCAAGUAGAUGCUCAGGGGGACUUGCUUCCCUCCAACUUCAAGAAUUUUGACAGCAUGCAAGAACUUCUUCGACGCUAUCACGAUAUCUGUGAAGAUAUCCCCCAAGAAGCCCUCGAUGGUCUCAACCGUUCGAGUAUUACGCAAAAGCACAUCAUCUUCCAGACCCCCUGCCGCGACCCCAAGUUGCUGUACGCGAUUCUCCGCCUAGCAGAUCCGAGAUUCUGCCUUCUUUCCACAGGGCAAAUCAUGGUGUGCUUCUUGAAGCAUACAGAGACUAACGUCAUGAGCCGGACACAUGGAGAGAAUGACUGUGCGUGGGCAUUGAAAGGUUUAUGCAUGCCUGCUAUCCUACGGCCAAAGGGUGAUGCGUAUGAGUACUGUGGACCACUAGUUUCAGUUUGCUCAUUGAUGAAAGAUCGGAUGGUCAAAAGGGAGAAGGAUCAUCUUUUCCUGGAUGAUGAGUUCUUCGCGACUAGGAAGGUGCAGCAGGUGACAUUGGUCUAGAAAACAUACCUCGAUUCGUUGCUUUGGUCUAAGGUCAGGUCGAGCAUUGAAAAAUCCCCACCAAAUGAUCUGAAUGCAGCUGAUGUUCAUCAUUCCUCGUGAUGUUCACGUUCGUCAUUAUGAUUGCAGUAAUGACAGCGGCUCCGACGACAGCAGCGUUGCUAACGAUUGAUUCUUCAUUGUCGGACCCUGAUGCAAUUGUCAUAGUCGUCCAGAUGUCACCUGCAUUGCAGUCUUUUUGUUGCCCUGAUGGGAAAAAGUGGGCGCUAAAACGCUGGUAUCUCUGCAAGAAGGCAUUGUAAUUUCAGAUCACCA